AUGCCAGUGUUAUAUUAUUUUCCUUUCAGUCCACCUUCCCGAGCUGUCUUGCUCGUGGCAGAAGCAAUAGGGCUCGAACUGGAGUUGAUAUCAUUGAACCCAUGGACUGGUGAGACUUUGACACCGGAAUUCGAGGAGAUAAAUCCACAAAAGACAAUUCCUUUCCUAAUCGACGAUGAUCUCAAAAUAUCAGAAAGUCGAGCUAUCAUGGGUUAUUUAGUCGAUCAGUAUGGCCAAGAUGAUACAUUGUAUCCACGCAAUAUAAAGGCACGUGCUUUAGUUAAUCAACGAUUAUAUUUCGAUCUGGACAGUCUUUUUGCGAGUAUACUCGCUUAUUACAUCCUCGUCUUUAUGAAAAGAGUCGAUGCGCAUGAUCCAGAGCAAUAUAAAAAACUAACAGAAAACUUCCAAAUUAUGAACAAUUUUCUUGAAGGACAAGAUUACGUGACUGGAGAUACUUUAACGAUCGCCGAUCUUUCCCUAGUUGCGUCCAUAACCACAGCGAUGGCUUUUGGGUUUGAUUUGGAAGAAUACAAAAACAUUUCUGACUGGUUGGAAAGAAUACAAACAUCUGCACCUGGAUACGAUAAGAUUAAUAAUGGACCUAUGGAAAUGUUCAAGCAAAUGCUUCAAGGAAAUGAUUCACAAGGCAACACAGAAGAAGUAGAAGGAGAAGGAAGAGAAGAAGAAGCAGAAGGAGAAGGAGAAGAUGGAGGAGAAGAAAUGCCUAUCGAUCUUUAUCAACGUACCGGAAGUCCGCCAUGUCGAGCCGUGCUCUUGGCGGCGGCGGCCUUAGAAGUGGAUUUAAAUCUAAAAGACAUUGAUCUUCGUAGCGGCGAACACUUAAAACCUGAAUUUUUAAAGAUGAACCCACAACAUACAAUACCUACACUGAAUGACAAUGGCUUUUAUUUGGGUGAAAGUCGUGCGAUUAUGACCUACCUGGCCAAUCAAUAUGGCAAGAAAGAUUCUCUCUAUCCAAAAGAUCCAAAGAAACGAGCUUUAGUUGAUCAGAGACUAUACUUCGAUAUAGGAACACUAUAUAAAUCAUUCUCCGACUUUUAUUUUCCGAUAAUGUUCUCCGGCGCCACUGCGACGCAAGCAACAUACGAUAAGAUGACCAACGCAUUGUCUGUUUUCGAUAAAUUCCUAGAAGGAGAAAAUUAUGCAGCGGGAAAAACUCUAACUCUCGCUGAUCUUGCCUUGGUCGUCACUAUUUCUAAUUUUAAGCUUAUGGACUAUGACUUGAGUAAAUUUAACAACAUUCUAAGAUGGUAUACCAAGAUCAAAGCUGAAGCUCCUAAAUAUAAUGAAAUUGAAGAUUUCAAGAUGCCCAUCGAUCUUUAUCAACUUACUGGAAGUCCGCCAUGUCGGGCUGUUCUCUUGACAGCAGCAGCCGUAGGAGUAGAUUUAAAUGUAAAAAACGUGGAUCUUAAUGCCGGCGAACACCUAAAACCUGAAUUUAUUAAGAUGAACCCACAACAUACGGUACCUACAUUGGACGACGACGGCUUAUAUUUGUGUGAAAGUCGCGCAAUUAUGACCUAUCUGGUUAAUCAAUAUGGUAAGGACGAUUCUCUCUAUCCAAAAGAUCCGAAAAAACGUGCCUUGGUAGAUCAAAGACUAUGCUUCGACUUGGGAACUCUGUACCAAUCGUUCACUGAUUAUUACUAUCCGAUAAUAUUUACUGGCCUCACUCCGGAGCAAACAAAAUAUGAUAAGCUGCACGAAGCUUUGUCUUACUUGGAUAAAUUCCUGGAAGGAGAAAAUUAUGUAGCGGGAAAAACUCUAACUGUCGCUGAUAUUACCUUGGCCGUCAGUGUUUCUAAUUUUCCGCUUGUGGAUUAUGACUUGAGUAAAUAUAGCAACAUUCUGAGAUGGUUUAUCAAGAUCCAAGCCGAAAUUCCUAAAUAUAGUGAUCUCGAAUCCGUUGGUAUGAAGGCAUUUGCUGACUUGAUUGAACACUAUAAAAAAAAGACGUAA